UGGAUUAAAUAAACAAUAUAAACUGAUUGGUUCUACAUCGGCAGCAGACUUUUUAUUGCCGGAUAGACUUUGAAGAUGGCGGAUAUAACUCAAGAAAAUAUUGCUAAGAAAAUACACGAGAUCCCGGAGCAUUACUUGGGUAUGGUGAUUCAUUUUUUCAUGCAUUUUCACAACGACACCACGGACUUCAAGACGCCACAUCUGCGCCCGGCACUGAAGAACGUUUUUCCCCUGUACUUGGUGCUCUACGGUCUGGUAGGGGCCGCCGGUCUGUUUCUCAACGCGAACAUGUUGCGCCGAAUCCUUCUACGCAGGAAACACUGCGAGAACAUAGAGAAGUACCUGGCUAGCAACGCCUUGAACGACAUGUUUAAAUGUAUCGUCGUUAUGCCGGUUUCCUUGGCAACGCUCGCUCUACAGAAUUGGAUUCUUGGGAGAUUCCUCUGUCACUUUCUCCCGAUAGCGCAGGACGUUCCUUUUUACGCCACGUUCCUCACGUUCUUGAGCAUAGCCUUUGACCGAUACAAAGCCAUUCUAAAUCCAUUGAAACCACGAAAUAUCGCCGGAUUCUGGCUUUUAGGGACUUGGGUGUCGAGUUUCCUUGUAGCCCUGCCGUACAGCGUGUACUCGGAGUACGUUGAUUUGGAAAAAUACUUUGGCGAGCAGUUUAAAGGUGUCGGAAUAUGCGUUGUUAAUGUGGAAAACAACAUCGAGGAGUUCAUCCGGGCUCUUUUCAUCGUUCUCUAUGCCACACCCGCUGUUCUCAUCAUGUAUCUCCAUCUUAAAGUCACUGUGGAAAUCAACAAUCGCAACAAUGCUUUUCAUUCAAAUGGCCAAAGAUCUCAAAUGUUGAGCCACGAGGACAUCUCUGUUUCUUCUGUGGCGACAUCUAGCGUCAUGGAAACGAGAAAAUCCUCUGCUGUACCUCUUCCCGUUGGCAUUGAAGACGUGUCAAGAGGUCCCAGUAGCGAUACCGCUGGUCAGAGUCUAGGGACUGGAGUAAGACGAUAUCGACAUCAGGAUGACGACGACUUCGACUGGGAUCGAGAAAGGGUGGUCCAAAAAUGCUUCUUCAUGAUGGCACUUUUUUAUGCGUUCUGCUUAUUCCCACUACACGUGACCCGGCUGGUGAAGCACGUGGUCACAGAAACAGUAGAACACACUUCUCAUUUUGACCUGGCCUUCAUCAAUGUGGUUUUAAUUGCCCUUCUUCCAACUAUUGUCACUCCCGUACUCCAUCGUUCUAUGGACUCUCGCGGGGCUCCUAGAGGAGACUCGGGUAACUACCUGACUCUUAAGAAACAUACUUCAAACUUGUCUCUUCAACGUAUUGGAAGCGAAAUUCACGAAGAUAGAUACAAGAAACCAAUCUCUCCUACCGACAAGCUGUGUCAGAAUCACAAAGAAGAUGGGUGUUGAUAAAGUUCCCCCUAACAGAAUGGGUAAAGAAGUUGGGUGUUGUUAAAGUUCCCCUAACAGAAUGGGUAAAGAAGUUGGGUGUUGUUAAAGUUCCCCUAACAGAAUGGGUAAAGAAGUUGGGUGUUGUUAAAGUUCCC